UGAUAUGGUUAAUGUGUAUGCAAAAUAACAAAGAAGUGAAGUUAAAUUUUUUUCAGAUAAAUAUAUCUAAACGGGAAUUCCCGCAUGACCAGACGAGCUCUGUAACUGUCACGUGACCUAUGUUCAUGGCGCCCACCGGUCGUACUGAUAGUUUCACAGUAUUCGGGACAAGAUUUCUUGACUUCUGAGUCUCCACAUGUGAUCAGCACUACUCAAGCGUGACCUAGCCUGUUACACUGAAAGACUACAAGUAAUAUAAACACGUUGAUACCAUCUGACGUGUGAACAUUUACCGAACUCCGUCAGUGUGUUGUCAACCGCCAUUUACAGACUGGCCUUUUGCUAUGGCAACAGUAGUCCAGGCGCAUGAAAGAGAGUGUGCUGUGUGCACUAAUCACUUCACCACACCAAAAAUUCUACCCUGUGGUCAUCUCCUGUGUCGACAAUGUGUCAUUUCCUGGCUGGACUCAAAAUCCGACGCUGGUUGUCCUCUGUGUACCUGUCCUAUAGUAGAGCAUCAAGGUAAUUCAUCUCAAAAUUCAGCUGAUGUUGCCGACACCCUGCCUACAGACUCUGUAAUAGAAGCGAUAGUAGAAAGUGAUCACGUGCUUAAAAGUAAUGACAUGUGCACUAUAUGUGAUGACGUCAUAGCUGAAUACAUCUGUAUGCAGUGUCUGGAAAAGAUGUGUCCAUCGUGUAUGAAGAUACACAAGAAGAUGUCCAUGAGUCGCAGUCACGAUGUGGAGAGUGUCAGCACUGUGACACCUGAACGUCUGGCUGCCAGCCGCCCUGCACUAUGUGCUGACCACGUCACCGAGAAGGCGGAGUUCUUUUGUGUUGACCACAACCUUGCUAUCUGUACGCCAUGUUUUUGUAACGAACACAGGGCCUGCCUAGAUGUCAAGUCUCUGGAUGAAAAAAUGAAGUCAGCUGAAGACGCAUUUGGUUCAUUGAGAGAAAAGUUGCUUACAGCAGAGGACAACCUGAAGAAAGCAAUAGUCAACCUAAAUGUGCGCGUGCAAACAGCGGAUGUCACUGAACAAGAAAACAUGGCGCUGGUGGACAAGACAUGUGACCGACUUCAGUCGAUGGUGGACGAGUGUCGGAAAGUAUUGAAGAAACUGAUCAGUGAUUCUGUGUCAAAGUUCAAGAAAUCCUUGUGUGACGUCAAAAGCGAGCUCGAGAAACGCUUAGGGAAAGUGACGUCACACAAACAUCUCGUGACGCGUGCCACAACAGUCAGACCGCGUCCAGCGCUGAUACACGCAGCCCAGACUCUGACAGACAGGGUCAACAGCCUUGACCUCAGUGAUGAACUUGAAGCAGAGCCUUUGGUGAAUCCAUCGUCAGAGAUAAUGAAAUAUUGUGACGAUGCUGUGAAAGAAAUAGACGAUGAGCUAAUGAGCCUGAAACGACAGCUUAUCGUUGAUGAAAAACCAGUCCUUGUGUUCCACGAAACCUGCGGGACCAACAUUCGUCUGUCGAACUUCAGAAAGACCGCACGGAAGGUUCAUCUUAACAUGUUCAGCAACUGUGUGAUCUUUUCAAGUGACGUCAUGGCUGUGAACGUCUUAUAUGAAGUGAGAAUAGACGAAAUAAAAACGACAGCCGGAAUCAGUUUAUUGCUUGGUGUGACGAGCGUCUCUCCUACACAGCUCACUCUGCUGACGAGGUCUUGUGAACUGAAAGAUUCCGUCAUUCUUAUGCAAAAUGGAGUGAGCGUCAAGGAUAAAGAUAUCAGGACUAAUGUCACCAACGCUCUCAAAUUCCUCAAAGUCGGGAAUCGUGUUGGACUGUUGGUGGACUCAUCAAACAACCUUCACUUUUACGUCGAUGGACAGGACCAGGGUGUUGCAGCAAAAGAUGUUCCUCAGCCCUGCUUUGCCUUCUUUGACCUUUGCUACAAUGUUAGUCAGGUGACAGCCCUUCCCACAUCGAGGAGAACAUGAAGCGCAUGUGAUAAUGAACAGAGAGAGACAAUAACAACAGUGAUAACACUUGUUAUCUACGACGACAUCGAUUCUGGCAAUGAUUUUAUUAUUUAACUCUACCCUAUGCUACUCUUUGAAAAAAAUUGAUUUAAAGAACUUACAAAAACAAAUAACACAAAUAGAAAUAUUGUUCUGCACACUAUCUAACCGACUAAAACAAUAAAUUUUGUGCUAGCUGAUCUCGUGACCAUUUACUUCAUAUUUUGUUUUAGUUACUAUCUUCUUAUGUUAGACUCGUCAUAGCAAGAAAUGUCAUGCUACAUUUACAGAACUUUAUCACAAGUAGACACAUUUUAGCUGUUGUUUGUCAUGUACUUUUAGAAUAGCUGGUUUUAUUGAAAUGUCAUAUGAAUUCAUUACGUUUUAGUUUACAUAAUUUUAUGUGCGGUAAUUUGUAUUCUAUACCUAUAGACUAUUUUUAUACUUUUUUUUAAUGACAACUUUUAACCGAGGUUGAUAACAUCAAAUGAACAGUUUUAUAAAUACAUCGUCGUGUAUGCUAGCAGACAACCUUAUAAUGUAUGUUGUGUAAGUGUCAAUGUACGGAAGUUUAUAAGCCUUUGGACGUUGGAGACUCAUUGUAACACGUUUCACUCCUUUUCUGUUUUAUAGACAUCAGUGAAUAAAACUUCUCAUUAGUUUUAUUACGUCCUCCUCUUACCUCAGUUGUCUUCUCUAGCUAAUGGACUGAAGAACAUAAAUAAAUAAAAAAUGUGAAUAAAUACU